AUGUUAAAGACUAAUCAAGGCAACCUAAUUUCAUUAAAUGGAUAUCUAUCAACAAGUCGUUCACCAGAUGUAGCGUUAGGAUUUGCUAAAGCAUCAAAAAUACAAGCAACUCUGUGCUCUGUGUUCUAUCAGAUUGAAUGUAACAGACAAAACAUUAAAUCAACAAUUUUUGCUGACAUUACGCAACAAGCUCAAUAUGCUGGAGAACAAGAAGUUCUCUUUGAUAUUGGAAGUACAUUUCGCAUCGUAUCCAUUAAUGAAAAUCCAGCAACAACACUAUGGACAAUUAAACUGAGUGCAACUGACGCAGGAGCACAAGAAGCUCGAGAAUAUAUUCAAUUUAAUAGAAAAUCGAACGAAGAAACAAGUAUGACAAUUCUCUUCGGAAUUCUGCUCGCAGAAAUGGGCAAAUAUGAUCAAUCAAGAAAAUAUUUUGAAAACUUAUUAGCUAAUCCAAAAAUAGAACCCGAUAUAGCACGUGUCUACAACGGUAUUGGUACAGCCUAUCUACACAAAAGUGAGUUGGAUGAAGCCUAUUCGAAUUUUCAACGUUCGUAUACAAUGAUGAUGAGCGCGAAUCCUCCAAGAGAGAAGGACGCCACACGACCACUAUCAAAUAUGGGCCUCGUUCUACUUCGGCAAAAAAAUACAAUAAAGCACUGGAAUAUCUUACACGAGCAUUAUUUACAAGAAACGAGUGCUACGGAGAAAACCAUCUAGAAACUGCUAAAACACUAAAUAAUCUUGGCAAUGCAUAUUACCAAAAGCAGGACUAUAAGUUGGCACUAAUUUACUAUGAAAAAUCGCUAGCCAUACAACGAACAGAAUUUUCUCGAGAUCAUUCAGAUACGGCAAAGUGUUUGAAUAAUAUUGCUCUUAUUCACUGGAAACUGCACGAUUUUGGCUCUGCCCUCAAAUGCCAUGCGCAAGCAUUAGAUAUGAGAAGAAAGUUACUUCCACCAGAACAUAAUGAACUUGUUCAAAGUCUAAUGAAUAUUGGAAGUGUUUAUCGUGAUAUGAACGAAUUAGAAACAGCUCUAUCUUAUCUAACACAAGCCAUAAAAAUGCAAGAAAAAAUAUUUGGAAGAACGGAUGAAACUUCCGGAUUCCAAACUACUCUGAUUCAAAUUGCUACCCUUGAGCAACGCUUAGCUAAACAUACAACGAAUUACGCUUCCAUGGCCCGGUAUGCAGUCGCUGAAAAUCUGCAAUCCACGCCACGAAAUUCAAACUCAUCAGCAAGAAGAGAUCAAAACAAUUCACGAUGGAACACCCACAACUGACCAAUCGCUUUUUAAAUUUUAGUGAGACCAAUUUGUAGAGCUUGUUCAGUUAUUAACUGAUAUAACCCUCAUUCGAGCCAACAGCUCGCUUAAGAGUAAAUUUCUCAUAAUCAAAGUUUGCAUCAGUCUACCAUAUGGGGUGAAAAUUUAAAGGUUAAACGUCAAUGGUCAAUGGUCAAGGUCAAUGAAGUGUAUAUAAGGGCGUUCAGGUGCAUUUCUAUCUCUCCCUCUGUCAUUCUCUCUCUCUCUCUCUGUAUAUAUGAGAGAAUCGCAUUUUGUUGUACAAUUGGCAAAAAAAAUGAAAGUGUAUUGAGCAGAAGGUAGGCAUGUACCGAGCCCGAGUAGCUCGGGCUCGGUCAGGCUCGGGCUCGGUUGGGCUCGGGCUCGGUCAGGCUCGGGCUCGGUUGGGCUCGGGCUCGGUCAGGCUCGGGCUCGGUCAGGCUCGGGCUCGGUCGGGCUCGGGCUCGGUCGGGCUCGGGCUCGGUCAGGCUCGAGCUCGGUUUGGCUCGGGCUCGGUCAGGCUCGGGCUCGGUUAGAUUCGGUUGAGCUCAGUAAGGCUCGGUCAGACUUGGGUUCAGCUUUUCUUCCUCCCCUCAAUGAAGUUUCUUCAGCGUUUUUUUCUUUCGUGUAUCAUAGUCAAAUCUUUCUUAUGAUUAUUUCAACAUACUAACCGACAGAAUAUCUGAAGCUUAUACAUGGUCAUACAACUCGGCUUUAUGACCGUUAAUCCAUCUGCU